GGUGUACGAAGCACAUUAAUGCUAGUGCUAAUUAGAACGCAGCACUGCAGAUUGCAGAACAAGAACGUGAACGGAUGCAAAAUGGACAUAAGAAACUUUUUCAAGAAAGAAUCAGGGCAGAGGAGCACAGAAAGUGAGAGGGGAGAGGCCUCUACUGGAAAGUGUAUCUUGAAGGAUCAUGCAGAAAGAGAUGCUGAGGGAGAAAAAGAUCAAGAACAGUCACGUCAGAUGGAGCAAGGGGAUCCAGAGAUGGAUCCAGAGGCAGAGGAAGAUCAAGUUAUUACAGAGAGAGAAGGAGAGCAAACAGACCAAGAGAGGAACAAUUAUGAAUCAGCUGCAGCAACUCACUCCUCUAUAGGGUUUGAUUUAGGUGACAAAGACGCAGGGCCCAGACAGGUAAAGCUGAAGAGCUACCCACAAGAUAGUUUUGGUAUGCAGAAGCGAGCAUUUCACCACAGCUGGUUUGAAAAGCACAACUGGUUAGAAUAUUCACUCAACCAGAACACAGCUUUCUGCUUCCCAUGUAGAGUGUUUGGCAAAAACAUCAAACAUGAUAGUUUGGUCAGUAGUGGUUGCACGAACUGGAAGAAAGCUUUAGUCAUCUUUGGCAAGCAUGAGAUGGCACAAACGCAUAAGGACAGUGUUGUUGCAUGGAAAAGCUACUACCAGGCUACUAGCAAACAGGGAAACGUUGCACAGAUGAUAGCAUCUGCAAAUCUGAGUGAGAUAGUAGAGAGAAGAGAGUACCUCAGGCAAAUUGUUGCAGUUACUUCUAUGUUGGGGAGACAGGGACUCCCUUUUCGUGGCCAUGAUGAAGGUAGAGACAGCACAAACAGAGGGAAUUGUCUUGCCUGCAUGGAGCUUUUGAAGGAAUUUGAUCCUUUUCUUCAAAAACAUAAUCCCCCAUCAAAUGCUCUCACCAAUACCCCAGACUGAGAUGAUUGAUUGUUGUGCCCAGGAAGUUACUAGUGUCAUUGUGUCUGAAAUGACAAAGUCCAAAAUCUAUGCCAUCAUGGCAGAUGAGGCAAGGGAUGAAAAAUCAGAGCAGUUAGCUGUUUGUGUCAGGUAUGUGUCAGAGGGGACAGUGAAAGAACGUUUCCUAGCACUUGCAGAGAUAAAAUAAUUUGAUGCCCAGUCCAUUACAAAUGAGCUUCAGCAGCAGAUCCUAAACAAUGGUCUUGCAGAGCUUAAGUGUGUAGCACAAACAUAUGAUGGUGCAGCUGUCAUGAGUGGGUCCACUGGAGGUGUACAAGCACAUUUUAAAAGGCUCCAUCCUGAACCUAUCUAUGUGCAUUGUUAUGCUCAUGAACUUAACCUGGUGUUGUGCCAUACUUGCAAGGC